GAGAUUCACACAAUUUUGUCAAAACUGCCCAUUUUUUUAACAUUUCAAAAUGUGACCGAUUGGAUGGGUAUGAGCUGGCGCAAUUGCGCAAAUCGACGGGAGAAUCCGUGGAUUUCCUGACUAGAGAAGCAUUUUCUGGACGAAACAGGUUAGGGUGUCGUUCGUGCGUGAUGUGACAGCCCUCCUGCACGGUAAGAGCUCAACUAAGAACGUGGCGGGGACGCCGUUCGUUCUUAUACUAGAUAUGGACCCGAACCACUCCAGAUGCUAAAUUGCCUGAUGUGCACGAUGUGUAUUAUUCGGUGGUUCUUUGUCGCUUCCACCAGCUAGAUUUCGAAGGAUUCCUCAUGUCCACGUUUAUGGCAACAGAUGCUCAGACUCCCCAUUUGCUUAUUCGUGCCAGCGUCGAAUUCUGCACGAUAACCUCGGGUAGCAGUGGCAUUCGUCCCUCUAUGUCGAUUUCCCAGUUCCGUCACUAGUCCCUCGCAAGCUAAUACUGCCGAAGUUGACAACAGCACGGGUUCACUAAGAGCCACAUCAUUCUCGGGCAUAAAUUCAACUUGGCCCUUCAGUUGAUAGAUGUCGGGCAGUCCCACAAGAUGCUGACAUCGCUGAUGCUCGUUUUGAGUCCCUUUCUUCGUAAACGGAGCCAGGGACGGUUCCCGCUACGCGAUGCAUCACGCCGAAAACCGAACGGAUAUACACUGUACACUAAUAGUGGGUACCCACGCCGUUCGAUUAAUCUUGCCCGACGGACCGAAGCUAGUUUUAUUCGAUGCUCGCACGCCACCGGGCGCACUUCAUAUUUGAAGAUAAGUUAUCCCGGAAUUGCACGCCGAUGGCCGAGCCAUCACGAGUGCCAAGCAGACGCGAUUGUUCCUCGCCACUUGCUUCAAAAGUUUCGACCGCCGCCCAUUUUCCAGAUUCAGAAUCCAGACUUCAGAUUCGAGUCUCGAGGCCUCUCACUUCCCUGCCCCACACGAGCGAGGUUCUCCAGCAUUCUCGAGCAAAGAGAGGAGGAAAAGGCGGCAGACUCUGCCACGCGGAGAGAGUGCGGACGUCAGCGGCAGCAUAGAGAGAGUCUCACACUGAGAAGGACUCCCUAGUAAAGGCAAGCACUGCCAGUGAGAGUCUUCAACUAGCAGAAAUUGGAUCUCGAUGCUCUCCGAGAGGAUGAGGGUUAGUAUUAGGACGAACCCCUCACUCACUCUGAGUCUGAGUCAGGCUCCGCCGAGCCCCCGCCGCGCCCCCGCCGCCUUCCCUCAGCUUCAACGUCAGGUUCAAGUUGAAGUUGAAAAGGCUGGCGUGACGCUGAGCCAGAUUCAUUCGCUGGAUUCACUCGCGAGUCCCCAUCUGACAACCACCGUCUCAGCUUCACGCCAACUUGCUUUCGCAAUCGUGCAACCUCUUGUGACCGUGUGGUUUCACCAAGAAACACGCGACCUUUCUCUGCUAGUACGUGAUCUUCUCAGAAGAACGGCUCUCCGCCAAAACCUGAGGCUUCGAAUACCCUCACAGAGCACCUGUGGAAUACCCAGACAGCCCCAUCUUCACCUUUCUCCCCGCCGCGAGGCUCCGAGUCAGCUGCUAGUUCCCGUUAUAAGCAGCCGCCACAACUGUUCGUCUCGGCGUUUCGACCAUGUGUCGCUGGUCGCGCCUGAUGGGUCUUCCGCGCGAAGGCCCCCGCGGAGGCCCGGACAACGCGCGCCACGCCUUCCGCGGAGUGCGCCAGCGCAAGUGGGGCACGUGGGUCGCAGAGAUCACGCACCCGCGCAUCAAGUCCCGCGUCUGGCUCGGCUCCUUCCCCACCGCGGAAGCUGCUGCGCGCGCCUACGACCGCGCUGCUCUGAAGCUGCUCGGCCCAUCUGCGCUUCUCAACUUCCCGCAAGCCCCAGACGGCCAGCGAGCCCCUGAUGGCGGAAAACCCCUCCCUCUCGGCCCCUUCCCCACCGCUGAAGCCCCAGACGGCCGGAAACCCCCUCCCCCUGGUGUUUCCCCCACUGAAGCGCCCCCUGCUCUGGGCUACAAUCGCGCGGGGACCAAGAUUCUUGGCCCCUGUGCUUCCAGAAGCCAUCCGCAAGACCCCCUGGGCGAGCCUCAGUCCCAGCAGCAGCAGCAGCAGCAGCAGCAGCAGCAGCAUCUGGGAUCAAAUAGCAACGGCGGAUCCCUGCAAGCUGGCUGGGGAGAGCCUAUGGAGCCCCCUACUCCGCCCGUUCUAUCUCCACCAACCAUUCGGAGCACUGCAGCAGCCGUUUCACUGGCGCCUGCAGCCAUGAAGUGGGCUUCUCUGCCCCCCUCCUCGGAUGUGCGGCGCUCGAGUCCCUCGGCGCCUGCAACAGUCCCCACUUGGGCUCCUCCGCCCGUCUCCGGUGUUCGGCCCUUCAGCCGCAUAGCUAACCCUUCUGGGGAUCUCCCCCCUCUGGCUGGAGGGGUGGGAGUUUCCGAAACAUGUAUUGGCAGUGGUGCUGAGUCACCUGCUAGCCACGAGAUGGCGCAGAUGCUGCUGCUGUCGCCGUUACCAAAUAGCGUGGUGCACAAUGCAACCACCAUCACCACUAGUGCUGCUGCUGCUGCUGCUGCCAUUGACGGGCCGUUCCCACCAGUUCAAGUGUCCGCUUACGUUGCUGUACUGGCAGCUCUGAGUGCUAGAGUCGUGCUCGAUGCUGGCGUGGCGAAUGCUGCGCUUUCUGCUGCUGUUAUUCCUGCUGCUGCACCUCCUGCUCGCGCUGCAUUUCCAUCGGCAGCAGCAGGAGUGCAAAGAAUCCUCUCACCACUCCAUCCCUCUCCACUGCCAUGUCACACUCCUGCGUACAUCUGCCUCUCGAAGAGACCAGCCCCACAAAAGUGUGAUGAGAACGGCCAGUCUCCCGCCGUUGCUGCUGGUGGGGCCUCUAGAAAGCGGUCCCGGGAGCAGGCAGCGUUGCUGCAGCAGUUUGACGCUCUGAAUACUCUGCCUCAGCCUUAUGGGGCAUCCGGUGGAGCCUCAAGGAAGUGGCUGGGGGAGCAGGGAGCGAUGUCACAGUGUGUCGGAUCUCUCAACAUUCUUCCUGUACCUGAAAAUGCACCUGCGGUUAUCCCCCAGCGGCCACCUGGAUCUGGAUGUAAAAGGAGGCCCGGUUCUGGAUCUGAAGCCGUGGCUGGGGUUUAUGAGGGGUUUGGGCCCAUGGCCAAGCGAGGAGAGGUGGAUUGCCAGUUGAUGAAGUUGCUGCAGGAGCUCGAAGGGGAGGUGAGAUCGCUGAGGGGGGGUCAAGAUCAAGCAACCUGGGCUCAACCGCCAGAGCAGCACCAGAUGGCCCGGCCCCAGCAGUCUGAGCAACAAUCGCGCAGACCGCAGCAAUUGCAGCAUCAGGUGCAGCCAGUCGUGCAAUCGGUGGCUUCUGCUUCUGAAGCUUACCAAGCACAGGGUGACAACAUGUUUCAGGCACAGUGUAACGCUAUGAGCGAACUGGGGCAGCAGCAGCAGCAGCAGCAGCAGCAGCAGCAGCAGCCCAUGCAUGCCACGUUGGAUUCUCUGCUGCAGCAGCUGGAAGCGACUCAGCAGUAUGAGUUGAUGCUGCUGACUCAGGUGGUAGAAGCGAAGAAGAGGGAGGAAGCAGAGGGGGCUUCUGCUGUUCAGCCUUGCAUUUCGGCCACGCAGCCUCGAUUCCAGAUGGAGUCCCAGCCCUCGCAUAAAUCUCGUUGUGAACUUCCGUAUCACAACUCCAUGAAAAUGGGCUUGCCGCAGAAGGGCGUUGUUUUGCUUGAGCCCUACAGCCCUGCAGAGUCUCGUUCUCCGUCAUCAAUUGAUCCAGUUUCAGAAGGCAUGAGCACUGAAGACUUCGAGCUUGCAUUCCUGUCGGAAAUAAUGGACACAUGGCGGUAAUAUACAGGCAUAAUUGAGUGGAGUGGUGUGAUGCGUUGUCGAUUUGCCAUUGAUGAGUUAAUAAGGAUAUAUAUCUAUA